AUUAAUAUUUUUAUAAUUAUGUUCAAUGGCGGCAAUUGAUAAAGUUAAAAUAAUUGUUGUUGGAGAUUCUGGUGUCGGCAAAACGUCACUAUCUCAUUUAAUUUGCGAACAAAAACCAAUAAGAAAUCCAUCAUGGACCGUCGGCUGUUCAGUAGAAGUUAAAUUGCAUGAGUACAAAGAAGGUACACCCAAUCAAAAGACUUAUUUUAUUGAGUUAUGGGACAUUGGUGGUAGCCAAAGCCACCAGAAUACUAGACAUGUUUUCUACAACCCCACUCAUGCAAUUAUUCUGGUCCACGAUCUGUCAAAUAGAAAAUCACAGCAGAAUCUACAGAAAUGGCUUCAAGAGGUUUUGAGUAAAGAAGGGAACGGAAGUGGAGGACGAUAUAAAAACUUUGAUGAUUUUGAUCCUGAAAAAUUUGUAGGCUCUACCCAAGUUCCAAUACUAGUCGUCGGUACAAAAUCAGAUUUAAUUGAGUCUAAGUCUAGUCUGCAUAGAAGAUCAUCAACUAUUGCUGAAGAAUGCGGUGCUGAUGAAAUAUUUGUUGACUGUCUUCAAGUAAGAUCAUUAGCUGCUGGUACCACAUCCUCUCUAAAGUUGAGUAGAUUUUUCGACAAAGUUAUCGAGCGACGUUAUUACCUCAACCGUGAUGUAAAUAGCCCGGAAAAACGGAGAUUACAAGCAUAUACGUCAUCGUAUCCACAAAAAGCUUACCACAAUGACUGAUAAUUACAAAUAUUUGUUAUUUCAACAUCUAUCUAAAUCACUUGUGAUAUCUCAAUGGCUUUAAUUCUAUUAAUGGCCUCUCAUAAAAAAAAAAAAAAAAAAGUCAACCGACUAACAGGAAUAAUUAUUUAUAUUUAUUUAUUUCUCUUUGUAUAAUUACUAUUAGCAUUAGCAUUAAUAAAACACGUUUUAAUUAA